AUGGAAGAUAAUGAUAUUAUUCAGUCACUAAAUUCUACAGUAAAUUCGAUUGUUUCUAAUAAGACUUCCUCGUCUUCUACCUCAACUCUUUCGACAACUUCAACAACUUCAAGCGAUUACCCAGUUCCAAAUUAUUCAAAGUCAAAUUCUUCUCAACAUAAAAAUAAUAAUAACUAUAAGUAUCGAAAAGAAAAUGGUAAUAACAACCAUAAGUACCGUUCACAAACUAAUUCCUCACCAAAUUAUUCUCUUUCUCAACAACCUCAUUACCACCAUAAAAAGAAAUAUCGAGAUCCUUCAUUUAUACCAAGAGAAUUUCAAUUUUCUCCAAAAGUUCCUUGUACAUUAAUUGAUUUUGUCGGAGGUGUAAAUUAUACUCAAUCGCAUGAUAAUGGUGUAAUAUUUAAUCGUGUUGUAAAUUUUUUUAGAAAUAUAACUACUACUAUUGAACAAGAAGAAAAGUUAUUAGAUUUUAAUUUCUUUCUCAGAGAAAGAUCAACCCACAACAAUUCAAUUACUAAUUCAAAAGAAGGAUUUUAUGUUACUAUUACUCAAUCGGAUCCUACGCGUUUUCCACCCGUUAAAAGACGAAAUUGUUUAUCAUGCGAUACGGAGUCUGAAACAAAUCUCUUUUCGAAAUUAGCAUAUCCAUUAACAACGCGUGAAGAGGUUUCCAUUUGUCAUAAUUUAUGGUUCGAUGCAAAAGCAAGACCAAUGUUUAUUAUUACACCAAAACGUCAUAUAGAACGUUUAUCUGAUUGUAAUGAUCAAGAAAUUUUUUCAAUGUUCUUAUUAGCUGUACAGACUAUUGAACAAGAAACUCGUAUUUCAAACGCUCAUUGGAAUGGUAUUAGGUUUGUUGGUAUGACUUUAAAUCAUGGUAAUGCAAGAAAUCUUGAACAUCUUCAUUUAAAAAUUAGAAUAAAUGGUGGAGAUUUUGAUCAUUUUAAAAAAUUCGGUUGGGAUGAUGAAAAAAUGGAAAGAUUUAAAAUUUUAAAAAAUGGAAUCUACAAAAGAGAUGAAAGAUUGAAUAGAAUUUCUUAA